AUGGCCACCGUAGCUCAUACUCCCAUCCAUGGCGCUGCUCCGUUUGUAGCUGUGGAGGCCGCUGCUAUUCCGCACUUCGGCCGUGCUUGUCUCGCGGCGAUCUGGGUGUCUGCUGCUCUAUACGGUGAGUCCUCGUCAUUUAUGAUGAGGCUAGACUCGACUAAUGCCGUACAAGGGAUUAACUGUAUCGUCUUUGGAGGCGCUCUCUAUGUGCUGCUCCGCCGCAAGGCACCUAACUGGCAAGUUCAGCCACCUGAAACGUACCUCAUAACCUGGUCUUGUCUUCUGUGGCUUUUGUCUACCGGCGACGAGAUUGUGGCUUUCUGCCAGCUGUACCGUUCUCUAACGAACCCUACCCUUGUCGGAAAUCCCAGGGCGUGGGACGAGUUCUGGAUUGUCCCAGAUCAAUGGGCCACGGCACACUUGGUGAUUUACACCACCACGGCCUUUCUACAGGACCUUCUGCUGAUCUGGAGGCUUUACAUUGUCUGGAGGCAUAAUUGGAGGAUUGUGCUUGGACCUCUUGUGAUUGAGCUCAUCAAGGCCGCUUGCGCCUACGUUGCCUGCGGUAGUCUGCAGACGGACGGUGGCUUCUCCGCGAAGUCAGUCCGAAAUUGGGGUCUGGCGGGCUGGGGUGUAGCUAUCUUUCUGAACACCGCUGUUACGCUUGCGAUCACCGGCCGGCUGUACUGGGCGGGCCGAAAGAGUCCUUCCUUCUCCGACCGAUGCACAUAUCGUGCAACCAUCUACACCCUGCUUGAGUCCGGCGGCAUGUUCGUUGCGGCCACUUUCACGGCCUUGUGCCUGGAGGCAACGGGGCACUUCCCUGGCGCGUUAGGAGCGACAUAUUGCCUGGACCAACUUGCGUCCAUUGCCCCCCUUGUUGUCAUUGUGCGCAUCGGCCUCGGGCUCGUCCAUGGCCAGAACGUCGUUACCUGCGUGACAAGUGCUCCCUCGCAGUCGAUAGUGAUUGCCAACCCGAUGCAGAUCCGCGUCGCACGUGUGAUGGAGUCGGAUUAUGGCGAGCAAUAUUCCAUGGCCAGGCUUGAAAGCGGCAACGUUAAAUCCCUAGAUGAUAAGCCGCUCCAUGCCGUACCUGGCCCCAUCGACAAUUAAUUAGUGGGAGUAGCCAUUUAGAACUGAUAUUCGUCCUCCUUCAUCCUCGACUAGCCUAUUCUUUCUAUCUCCAUAAC